AUGACCAACCCCAAGGUCUCGCGCCGCCCUGGCCGGGACUCCCGCAUCUCGCGCGCCUCGCCCGGCGGCACCCUCUGCAAGACGUGUACGCCGUGCCGCCAGAAGAAAGUCCGAUGCGACGGGGCGCGCCCGCAGUGCGUCGAGUGCACCACCAACAACCUGUCCUGCAUCUACCCGCACGAUGCCCGCCGAGAACCCCGACCGUCCCGCGCCCGCGUCCAGAGCCUCGAGGCGACCGUUGCCGCCAUGCUCGACCACAUGAAAGCCUCCGGGAUCCUGCCGCCCGAGAUGCAGUCUGCCUGGACCGCCGAGCUCAUGGACACCGGUGAUUCCUCGCGAGCAUCCCAUGAAUACACUUCGCACGGCCUCAGUCGCCUGGCCUCGACCGCCGCCAUCGCAAGCCCUCUGCCGACCCCCACAGCCUCUACCGGCGCUCACGACAUGGGCGCCGGCUUCCUCUCCUCCCCCCCGCGGAGCAGUGUAGGCCCGACCGACGGCGAAACGAAACCGCAAAUAGGCAGCUUCGGCAAUAUUCUCUCGGUAUCAAACCAGUCUGUGCAGCAGAGCUCGGAGCAAAUGCCCGGCUCCAAACAGCCCGUCCCUCGUCCGAUCAGCAACGAUGGCAACGGCGACGGCGUCAGCGGCCUCUCACCGAGCGAAGCCCGAGUUGCCGGUGUUUUCCACGAAAACGGCUACGUCUCGGCCGUCCACGGUCUGGCUAGUAUCAUGAACCCGACGUCGCGCGCGCAGCACCGCGAGAACAUCUCCACCAUGACCCGAAAAGGCGACGACGCCAUCGCCGCCUCCAAGGCCCGCCUCAUCAGCAACGCCGCGCUGCAGCGCCAGAGGGAAGCGCGCAUGUUCCGACGCCCGCAGGACUUGAUGGACCUCGAUGGCUGCGAUCCCGAGUUGGCCAAGCAUCUGCUCGACCUGCAUUUCAACCGCCAGCACUACGCCUAUCUCAUCUCAUACCGCCCAGCCUUCAUGGACAGUCUCGCCAGUGGUGGCGGCCCAUUUGUCAACAAGCUCCUGCUCAACGCCAUCUUCUAUUCGACUUCCUUGUAUAGUGACCGCCUUUGUCUCCGCGCCGACCCGGAAGAUCCCCAAAGUGUCGGCCGGCGCUUCUACGACCGAUUUCGUGAGCUCCUGGUUGAUGAGCUCGACAAGCCCAGCAUUCCGUCGGCCCUCGCACUACUACUGACCAGCGUCUCGCUUGUCUCGCAAGGACGACCCAGUGCAGGCUGGAGUCUCUCGGGAACGGCCCAUCGCAUGAUCAUCGACCUGGGCUGCCACCUGAUGCUUGGCCCCGACUACCAGAGCACUGCCGGCGUCAGCAACGAACGCAUGUUGCGCCGAGAUUUGGAACAGGAGAUGCGCAAACGCCUUUACUGGGCCGCCUUCACAACCGAUGCCACCCAAGCCUUGUACCUCGGCAGACCCUGCAUGUUCGCCUCGGCGCAGGCCAGGGUCCCACUGCAGCUGCUGGAUACGUUCGAGGAACUCGAGGAAUGGGAGCCGUACACCGACCCGAACUCACCGGCGACGGCGCCACCGGCAUAUGGCGCUCAGCCUGCCCAUGCGGUGUCGACAUUCAGCAGUCUGGUGAGGCUGCUCCAGAUCUCAACGAGAAUCAACGAUUUGUACGGCAUCCAGUGUGUCAAGCACAGCGCCGAGUACCUCCUCAACAAAAGAGCCGCAAUCGAAAAGGAGCUAGAAAAGUGGCAGACCAGUCUCCCUAGUCACUUACGAUUUGACCCUGACGAUAACCUCGCCAUCACCCCCCCUCCACAUCAAAUCACCCCACACACGACAUUUCACGCCAUGACCAUCCUCCUCCAUCGUGCCUUUUUGGAGGAGGGCCAUCUCCGAAGGCACUCCGACGAGGCCGCCAAACGACGAGGGGAGGAAGCCUGUGUCCAGAGCGCCCUCAUGAUCCAGAAGCUUGUACGACGAUAUCGCGAGUCCUUCACCCUGCGUCGUGCGCCGUUUUUGCUUUCGUAUGCCGUCUACUCGGCUGUCAUUGCCAUCCUUCGGCAGGAGCGUCGUGAGAGGGGCCAGUUCACUGAGCCCAUCUCGUUCUUCUGGACCUGCCUUAGUGAGCUCCAAGUGGGUUGCAACUUUGGUCUGAAGAAGCCCUUGAGUGUCCUCCAGGACAUGGUCCGGGAGUUCCAAGUCAGCAUCAAAGAAGGCAGCGCUGCUGGCCAAGAGCAACCAGUUCCAGCUGGUCUCGAUGAGAGCUUCUUCUUUCCUCUCGCCAUGACCCCGUCCAACGGGGGUAUGACACACACUGCUACACGUCCACCUGGUCCCUACAUGCCCACUGUGACUUCGGAGUUCAUUGGAGGAGUCAUGGACCAUGUUGACCCGGUCUGGGGAAACUCGCCGGGACUAUUGGACUUCCUAAACGAUCAAGAAAAAGACAUCUCGCAGGACGCCCUUUACGGACUGUUCGCUCCGUCUCAGCCGUUCCCAUGA